AUGGUCGAACUGCGAAAGGUGCUCGGGGAAAUGUCCCUCGCCAACGAGCAGCUUCGGGCCAUGGUGAAAGAGCUGCAGCAAGAGCUGGUGAUGCUGCGACAGCGUACCGUGGCCAACGAAGAUAUGGCCCGGGAGGAGCGGAAGCUGGCCCGCGAAGAAUUUAAGCUGGCGCAAGAGAAAUUCCACCAGGAGCUGCAGUGGAAUAAGGACCAGGCCCGCCAGUGGUAUGAAGAGACGCAGCGUCUCAGAGGCGAGCUGGCAAAGGAGACUGCGUGCCACCAGGAGUUGCUGGCACAGAUGCUUGGUUGCGGCGGUAACCAAGCUCUGCAACCGCAGCAGCAGGCGACAUCGCAGAGCUCCCUGCAGCAACGGCAACAGCAGCAACAACAACAGCAGCAGCAGCGGAUGACGUAUGCUAACGUGGCGGCCGAGACAUCCGGCACGCAGGCUUCCCAGGGCGGUUCUUGGACAGUGGUGGGGCCUCGUAAAGCACCGCAGAAGUCGCAGCAGCAACAACAACAGCAGCAGCUGGCCAAGCCGCGACCACAAUCUGCGGCGGCGAAGCAUUCGGUCGAGAUGGCAAGCACAUCGAGCGAUGAGGACGAGGACGACCUGGAAUGCACGGUCGUGGCAGCCUCAGAGAGGAAGGAGCAGCUGGAGGAGACAGCCUCAUCAUUGCCGGCGCGCGCGACGCAGGUGGAAGUUGCGAGCCAGCUACAGUUAGCUGCGUUGCUCGAGCAGCUAAAGAACCGCGACGAGCAGGUUGCGGCCAUGCAGGCCAACAUGAGCAGAAUGACAGCGCAGCUGUCGGAGCUCAUUGCUGAGCUCUCCAGCACACGCAAGGAGCUGGAGAUGUAUCGCCAAGGGCAGGCGUAG